AUGUCCCUGUCAAAACCGUUUCCACUUCUCCGACUACCCAGAUUGCCUCUUUUCAAAGUUCUCAACGGCAUCGGCGUUCAGGAACGAUUCUACAUAUCGAUAUGCUCGAGCAAAGCAAAAUAUGCUAUCAAGUUCUACAACGACAGACUAAAGUUCUCAGUGACUUUCCAUUUUAAGAAAACCUUUGCGUUCUCCCUGAAAACCAUGCACAGGGAACAUCUGAUAGACGUCCGACCCAUUUUUGGAGCCACCUGGACAGUUUUGAGCAGCGUUGAAGCGAGCUCAGGGAACUGGUUCGAAAAAAAAGUGAAACGACUUCUUUUGGUGUUGGUGGACGUGUUUAAUAUUCCUGCAAUUUGUCUAGUUUUCGAAGAGAGACGUCAUGAAAUUGUGACGGGAUUCAUUAAUUACAUUCAGUCUAUAAAGCUGAAAGUUCACAGCUUGAAGAUCAAAUCAAAAAAUGGGGAAGAUAUGGAAUUUGUUCUUGAUACUUGUCGAGAAGGCUUCUCCGAAAUCCACCUGGAUUGUCCAAUGACUCCAGGAUUUGAGUAUGAGAACAUGCCUUUGACCCCAAAGUUCAGUGUCGAUAAGCUAACAAUUAAAAAUGCGGAAUGGGUGACCACGUGGCACUUAACCACAUUCUUCAUUAAUUGCAAACAUCUCAUACUUGAUGAAUGCCGCGAAGGUAGUCUCGUGAAGCAAUUCAUCUACGAAUGGAUUUACGGAUGUUCUCAGUUGAAAUACGCCCGUCUAACAUUUGGUCAUGAUCAAACUAGGAUGCGUCUCGUGGAGAGUGACUGGCUAGGGACUCGGCUGCCUCGUGUUGACCGAUGUUACGGGUCCAAAUAUUUGGCUGAUAUUAUGAAGACGAUACCAUCGACAAUUUUGCCGACCAAAGAGAUGGGGUGGGAAUUUGGACUAUUAGACACUAAAGUUUAUCGCAUCCGACAACAAAAAACUGGACGGGAAGCGCAUGUCUUCAGUAAUUGUCGUGCUAUUGGGAUUACUGAUUCUCGCCUUGCCUAUCCGAAUUAUCCAUAG